AUAUACCUGAGGUGCUCAACUAGGCAGGUGUCGAGGUAAGGAACUGGAGAUUUUGGGACGACCGCAGCGAAGCCUUCUCUAAAGCUUCACUUCGUCAAUCCGGCGGAUCCAAUCGAAAUGGAGCUCAGCUGCAUCGCGUCUCCUCGUAGCAUCUCCCCCUUCUCCUCCGCUUCUCCUUCCUCUUCUUCUCCGUCGUCGUCCUUCUCCUCCUCUUCUUACGGAUGUUGUUCUUGGAGGCGGGAGAGGAGGAAGGUCGCUGAGUGGGCUCAGAUCAAGGCGUCCGCGGAGGGGAGCCACGAGAGGAUCAACACCGAAGACGCCGGAGAACCCCGGCGCAGGGGCUUCGCAGCUGGCGGUCCCGUGAUGGAGGUCUCCGCGUCGCCGGCGUCCGCGAGCACAACGACCACGACCGUCAUCGAGCGGAGCUUUGCCGGCAGCGGUGACUCCGAAUUCCCCGUCUGGGAGAGGCUGGGCGCUGUUGUUAGGCUCAGCUACGGGAUAGGUAUAUACGGAGCUAUGGCGCUUGCGGGGAAGUUCAUAUGCUCCACUGCUGGGAUUGAUUGCACAGGAGGAUUCCAUCCGUCGCUAGAAGCGGUCCUGGACGGUCUGGGCUAUGCUGCUCCACCAAUCAUGGCUCUGCUCUUCAUCCUAGAUGAUGAGGUGGUGAAGUAUUCACCCCAUGCUCGUGCUAUCAGAGAUGUGGAGGAUGAGGAGCUCCGGAGCUUCUUCUAUGGCAUGUCACCGUGGCAGUUCAUACUCAUUGUCGCUGCAAGUUCUAUCGGGGAGGAGCUGUUUUAUCGAGUUGCUGUUCAGGGAGCACUGGCUGAUAUGUUCUUAAGGGGCACCGAACUCAUGAAAGAUGCACGUGGAAUUGCAUCUCUGACUGGUGUGCUGCCUCUAUUUGUGCCAUUUGCUCAAGCAUUUGCUGCGGUUAUCACGGCCGCUCUCACGGGCUCACUGUAUUAUGUUGCAACUGCGCCAAAAGAUCCUACGUAUGUAGUUGCACCAGUAUUAAAUUCUGGCACUGGUCGUGAAGACCUCAAGAAGCUCUUUGCAGCUUGGUUUGAGAGAAGGCAGAUGAAGAAGAUAUAUUCUCCACUUUUAGAAGGAUUGUUGGCUCUCUACCUUGGAUUUGAAUGGAUUCGGACGGAUAAUAUUCUCGCACCUAUGAUCACGCAUGGGAUAUAUUCUGCUGUUGUACUGGGGCAUGGACUCUGCAAAAUUCAUGAUCACAGGCGUAAGCUUCGUCAAAGGAUCCAGCAAGUACGGGUGGAAACGAAGAACAACAAUUUGUAGACCAAAGAGAAAUAUUUUUGACAUGGGGAGAAAGGAUGAACCCGAAGCUUUUUGCUCCUACCAGCAAGGGACAUUCGUAUGCUGGAACUCUAACUGAAGGAGUAGAAAAAGUUGAAGUAAUGAAGCGGGAUGUAGUAAUCUGCAACUCUUGCUAUAAUCACUACAGUAAGUAAAAAUUAGUCAAGUAGGAAAUGUACGAUCUAGGGAUAUUUGUGUCUGUAUGUAUAUACUGUGUCAACAUCAAAAAUGCAGGCGCUAGUUUGGCAGGAGA